AGGUUUGUAGCAACUAUGUGCCCUCAAACCCAUGUGACAUGGUCUCAGUCUGGAUCCACUGCAAGUAUAAAAGGGUGCCUAUGGAGUCCAUUUAUUUCCCACUAUUCUCCACAUUUCAUGAUCAUUCUUGUCAAGAAAGAAAUGGGGAGAGCACUUUGUUUCAGUUUUGUUUUCUUAUGCUUUUUGAUUCCUUUCACAAUUGCCGACUGGAACAUACUGAAUCAGAAGAAGCGUAAUGGAUUGAAGAUCAGCUUGAAGAACUACUGUGAAAGUUGGAGGAUGAAUGUUGAGCUUCACAAUAUUAGAGACUUUGAAGUUGUGCCUGAAGAAUGCACUGAAUACAUUGGAAAAUAUGCCAGGUCCACUCAAUACUCAGUGGACUCAGAAAGGACAACUGAUGAAUGCUUGGUUUAUCUUAGCACCAGCUGCAAUCUGAAGAAAGAUGGCAAAGAUGCUUGGAUUUUUGACAUUGAUGAUACUCUGCUUUCUACCAUUCCUUUCUACAAGAAUAAUCUAUAUGGGGGAAAGAAAUUAAAUGUGACAGCCUUGGAGGAAUGGAUGAGCAAGGGUAAGGCCCAUGCUCUUGACUACUCAUUAAGGCUCUUCAAUGACCUGAAAUCCAGAGGUAUUCAGAUCAUUUUGGUUUCUGCAAGGAGGGAAUAUCUUAGAUCAGCCACAAUUGACAACCUUGUCAAUGUUGGUUAUCAUGGGUGGACUAGUCUGGUAUUGAGAGAUGCUGCGGAUGAAUUGGUGUCAGUGGAAAAAUACAAGUCUGGUGUGAGAAAACAAUUAACCAGCAACGGUUAUCGCAUUUGGGGAAUUUUAGGUGACCAAUACAGCAGCAUUAAGGGGGCAUCGAGUUGUACAAGAACGUUCAAACUUCCAAAUCCUAUGUACUAUGUUGCCUAAUCAUUGAGAGUCAACUUUAAACUCAGAAUCUCUGUACACCAAUUUGUUUGAGUCCUUUUUAUAAAGCUGUCUACUAGAAAAUGUGAAUAAGAUCUGAAGCUCAUUAUCCCUCAAAA